CAGAAGAACAACAUGCCCCGUCAUAACUUUGACGAAGACCUCUCGGAGGUAUCCCUUUCAGGGAGGUUUCCGGGCCUGAGCCACAUCCAGGCUGGGAACGAUGAUACCUUCAUUUUCACCUACCUCCCACCUUCCAUUGAUCAAUUUCUCGCCUGCACGUCACCUCGCGAUUCUCGACCUCUGCAAUUCAAUGUCCAUCUAGAUGUCACAAAGUACCCCACCAGCCAUAGCUACUUUGUCUUCUCGGCCUCGGACAACAUCUCCGACGAGAUUUCUGCUGUCCUAGAGACAGUACAGGAAAAGUUCAAGCGUUACUCUCUAGAAACCUUCCUCAAAGACUUUUGCCACGACAUUGAUCAGGCUGUCUUGAAAGAAGAAUCUGCAGAUCCGGAUUCGGAUGAAGAAUCCGAUCUCAACUGUGACGAUGAAGAGGCGAAUGGCGAUUUCGAUUCCAGCUACGAUGAUCAAGAUGUGGAUGAUGGUUUCGGUUCCAACUAUAACGAUGAAGAUCUGGACUGGGACGGAUUUAUUGAUGCUCCAGUGAUAUCACGUUCUACGGAUCGAAAACAACUCCGCGCUGAUCUUCGCGCAGCAAAAUCUGUCGGGUUCAAAGUUGGCUACCUGGGAGAGCUGGAGGGCCCUCUUGUUGUGUCUAUCUCCUGUCGGAUUGCUAAGCUGGGAAUCUCAGAGGAUGCGAUGGAAAUGUGGAAUGUCUCUCCUGAGCAGUUUUUGGUCGUCCUCCUUCGCUACCCCAGGGGUUAUCGUGGGCUGUCGCAGAUCUUGGCACGGCAGGGAGGUCCGUCCCCAGUCCAGAUGCACGUCGGUCUAUGCGAUACUUAUAAGCCCACCGUGCUGUCGGUUCCGGAUGUGGCAAGACCCGCGAUACUCCAUGACAUAUUUUGCCCGAGUGCAUCAGACUCCAAACCAAAAUCAGCUAUGAAAUCGUCCUUCAUCACAGAGCCGGUGGAGACUGUACUCAAUGACCGCUUCCUGAGUUUUAUACGGAACCGGCUUCAACACGGCUUCUCGUGGACAGGAGCGGAGCUGUAUCACGAUCAUUAUCAGGUCAAGAUGCUAGAAUCCAAAGAUGUUAGCUCUCGCGAAUAUUGUGUCUCUGAGAAAUGGAGCCACUCCACGCCAAGCUUCGUCAAAGGGGACCAGCUUCUAGGGGCGAAAAAUUCAUCGCAACUGUCCCUGCCUCUGAUCACUAUGCAGUAUGCACUUCGCCGUUUCGUCAAGUGCACGGAGUUCUGUCUGAAUUGCCACUGCAAAGUAGACGCCGGCUUUGAGGCCUUGAAGCCUUAUGUUUGUUCCAGUCCGCUGUGUCUGUACCAAUACAUGCAACUUGGCAUGGGCCCAAGGCUGGAAUGGGAAAUAGUCUCCCAGCCGUACGUGGUCGACAUGCUUGUUAGCUUUGCUUAUGCGAGAGCCUCGGCCGGUGAGCUCACUGAUUUCCCAACCGGACUCGAUUUGAAGGUACCCUGGGAGUUCCCUGAUGGGUCGGGAUUGAGGGCUUGGACUGCGACGUGGGACACUGACAAGUCGGUGUUGUCGACCCAAGCGGAACACGACCUCAAAGUCGGGGAAUGGGUCGCUAUUCGGGAUUCCGAUGACUCGUUCACCUCGUUCAGGUCUCCAUCGCUCUGUUGUGAGGUGCUGAGUAUACAUGGUAACUCGCUGAUCCAGCUUUCGCAACCGAUUGCCAUAGGCUUUGGAGACAAGAACGCAGGUCGACCACCAUGGAAAAAUGUACGAUUCAUGCCCUACCGUGUUAAAGUUGACUAUUUGAAGGGCGACAUAAAGCAGCAAGCAAUCAUGGCGCUUCUCAAUACGCUUCCUGAUGUGUUCCUAAUGAAGUCCUUCGUUACGAGCGGUGCAAGGCCUGGACAAAAUAUUUCUCUUCAGUCCUGGAAAGGGAGAAUUUGUCAAUCGGCGCUCUAUGUACUGCGAUGGAUUGUUGCCUCCAACCAAUCAUGCAUUGUACACGAUGAUGACCCUGAGCACCAGGUCACGGGCAUGCACAACUACAUGCAGUUCAGGCUAGCCCAAGGGUCCCCAGAUAAGGAAGCCCGGUUCGUCCAAGCAGUCAAGGCAAGUGCGAGUGGAAAUUUUCCCACCAUAUUUGCUUGGCAUGGAAGUCCUGUCCAUAACUGGCAUAGCAUCCUGAGAGAAGGACUGAACUUCAAUAAACAGUUGCAUGGUCGAGCGUACGGGGAUGGUGUUUAUAUGGCGAAAGGGAUCAACACAUCGAGUGGCUACUCUAACGCCACAGUUCCUCUGUCGAAUUGGCCACAAAGCACAUUGGACAUCAUGACUGCAAUCUCCUUGAAUGAGGUAGUCAAUGCACCCCAUGCAUUCCGAUGCACCGCUCCCUUCUAUGUUGUUGCGCAGCUGGACUGGAUUCAGCCGCGGUACCUUUUCAUCUCAGGCAAGCAUCUCGCAUCUCAAGGGAUACGCACGUUCAAACCAUCGAAGGUUUACAGCCAGGACCCACAUCAUGCUUGCCUUGGAACCAAUAACUCUCCCGUUUCCAUUCCUAUCUCGGCCCUGAGCAGCCGCCACAAUCGAGCAGACACCCCAGCAUCGACGCACGUCAGAAAGAAGAGGAAGGUGUCAAUGGGCGGGCCAGCCCCGGGGGGAUCUGACCCAAGUGACGAUUGCGCUAGCGUGGCGACCCUCAUCGAUGAUCUGCGCUUGCUGGAAUCCGAUUUGGAAGAUGAUGCCUGUGAGCCGGACUGCGUUAUAGUGGAGAGAAAGGCCCGCUCAGAUCCGGUGCCCCAGACCGACUUUCGGCCUGGAACCCUGCAAACCGGUUCCUUACAGCUCCUGGGGCUGCCAAGUUACGCGACCACCACCGCGACACAGUCAUUACAGCGGCAUCUCCAGGCAAUCUUAAAAGUACAGGAUCGAGAGCCCCUACACGAACUUGGCUGGUACGUUGAUGGGACACUGAUCAGCACCGUCUAUCAAUGGAUCGUCGAGUUCCAUAGCUUUGAUCCCUCUCUGCCGUUGGCUCAAGACCUCAAGCACAACAAGCUGACAAGCAUUGUCAUGGAAAUUCGCUUCCCGCCCCAAUUUCCUAUGUCUCCUCCGUUCAUCCGGGUCAUCCGUCCCCAUUUUACCCCCUUCAUGCAGCACGGUGGUGGCCACGUGACAGCUGGCGGCGCCAUGUGCAUGGAGUUGCUCACGAGCUCUGGCUGGCUACCGACGAUCUCCAUGGAGAGCGUGCUUUUGCAAGUGCGCUUGGCUCUUUGUUCGACAGAUCCAUACCCUGCACGGCUUCAAAAUGGCAGUGGUAAUUACCCGUUCAGCGAGUCGGUAUCUGCCUAUAGACGAGCAUGCCAAACACAUGGUUGGAAGGUGCCUGAUGAUUUUAACCGCAUUCAGGAUGCAUGAUGGAUGCUUUCUUGAUAGAUCUGAUAACAUUUCAGAGGUUCUCUGUUCUUACUAUAUCUGCGUUGAGAUUCAAAGGAUUUAGUCACAGCUUAUCUGAGAGAAUGCAG